CAAAGAGUCAUAUUCGAUAAGUAAUCUGUUACACUUAUUAGUAUUCCAUCAUAAUGAGCUCUGAUAAACAGUGUUUUAAAAGUGGGGGCAGAGUCAAAGCCUGAGUUUGUGAGUGUGUUAAUGCAAGCACAUGCACACAUUAAGCAGCAUCAGACAAGUUUUUCUGUAACAAACAGAUCAAUACAGCCUGUCUCCAUCCUUUAAACAUGAAUUGAUGAGGCGUGUGUGUGUUUUAGCUGAGACUGAGAUGUAAAGAUCAAUCUGAAUUUACACACGCACAACAACGCUGUUGACUCCGCCGACCGUAACCAUGACAGCACUCAUUACUGUUAUGACAUGACCACCUGAUGUCGCUUGUUAAUAUUCUUCAUCUCAUCUUCCUCACUUCCUGCUGUGUGUGUUCAUCAGUAAGUGGUGUGUGUUUCUUUGCCGGGAGACGAUCAGCCGCCUGCAGUGGAUCAAUGCAGGGAACAUCUGUAACUUUGUCAUUUGUGAGUGUGUGUGUGCGCAAACUAAAGAGAUUAAACACGUAAGUGAAACUUAUUUUUUUUUAAAAACUUUAUUUUUGCAUUCCUGACUAAAGCACUUCCUGACGAGCUUAGCAUAGCGAUGAUGUCAUCCUUGUGUGUUUGAAAGAGCGUUAUUGAUUAGCGCUUCUGCUGUCCCACUAAAUUAAUUAGAUAAGUAAAGUGUGUGUGUGUGUGUGUUGGCCCCCUAGGGCUCAAUGAAGAGGGGAGGCGGGGCCCCAGCAAGUGGGCGGGGUCACUGUGGACAGCAGUUGCAGAGCCCCCGCACUGAAGAAGAGCAGGGAAAGGACAAGCAGCAAGCCAUGGAGGCAAAGGUGCUUUUACUUUGAAAUCGACCGAUCGCGUCACUUUGAAGCCCCCCCAAAAAAAGAUGACCUUCGACCUGAUGAGGCUGUGGAUCCUAGGCAUUGUCCUGGUUAGAGCAGUCCGUGGCACGCGGGUGCUGAGUGGUCAGACGGUGUGUUUGGGCGAGGGCGCGCAGCCCUGCUACAAGAUGGCCUACUUCCACGACGUCUCCAGCCGCGUGGGCUUCAGGGAGGCAGAGCUGGCGUGUCACAUGGACGGCGGCUCGCUGCUCAGCAUUGAAAGUCCCUCCGAGCAGGAAGACGUCGAACACCUGCUGCAGGAGUUGCGCUCAGGAGCAGGAGGAGGCGGAGCUGGAAUAGCAGAUGGAGACUUCUGGAUCGGUCUGACUCGGGUGGAUGGUGAGGACCAUAAAGCUCCCGACGUCGCCACUUCCUGUCCGCAGCUCUACAGGUGGACUGAUGGCAGCAUGGCAUCCUUCAGGAACUGGUAUUUCGACGAGCCAUCCUGUGGCGGAGAAUCCUGCGUGGUCAUGUACCACCAGCCUGCGGCACUUUCUGGAGUGGGCGGGGCUUACCUCUACCAGUGGAAUGACGACCGAUGCAACAUGAAGCACAACUUCAUCUGCAAAUAUCCACCAGGGCGCCAGCUGGGAGAGGAACAUGGCACAGCUGGUGGGCGGGGCACAGAGGCCACACAGGACAGUGCUGGUGAGCUACUCCCUCCUCAGGUCACAUUGGCCGGAACCUCAGGCAUGCUGCUGCUCUACGUCAUCAUUCCCACCAUUCCUCUCAUGCUGCUCAUCCUGGUGGCUGCUGGGAGUUGUUGUUUCCACGCGCUAAGCAGAAGUCCGUCCCGCACCAAAGUUGCUGUGAGACAAUCCAACCUGUGGAUCUCCAAGGCGCCCAAAGCCGACGCCAUGGAGGUGUGACCGUCCAAGCUGCCGUCUAACACGCUUUAAACCAAUCAAGGGGAAAGGGGCGAAGUCUGUGCUAAUCAAACAUAUGUGACAUGCGACCUUUAUUGUCCACAAAGAGCUAACAGGACAUCGAGCUAAUCAUAAAAUCAAGUUUGUUCAGCCAAUCAGCUUCUGAGUUCAACUGUUAUGUGGAAAAAUGUUGGUAUCUUUGGUAUUUAAGUUUUAUUGACAACUUUGCAUUAAACGGGAGGUAAGAGCUUCAUUCAGGGGGCGUGGCCACUUCACUAGUCACAAUCUCUUCCUGUUUGUAGCUAACGACCACGUCCCCGUCGAGGUCAUCAAACAGAACAGGCGUCUCUUCGUCUGCACACGGCAUCCCCACACCGUGCAUUCGCUUCCUGUGCUGCUGCAGGUUGCCAUGGCGAUUGAAGCGAGCGCCGCAAAGUUCACAGCCGAAGGGUCGCUCGCCCGUGUGGAUGAUGAUGUGCCGGGCCAGCUGCGAGCGGCACUUCUUGUCCUUGCCGCAAAUAUGGCAGAUGAAAGUCUGUGGCGGGCGGGCGCCGUCCAGGUGGACAACUCGCCGGUGUCUCUUGAGGUGGCUGAGGCGCCGGAAGCGGCGGGUGCACAUGUCGCAGGAGUGCGGUCGCUCCUCGCUGUGCACGGCGGCGUGGUUGUUCAGCAGGGAUGGGAACUUGAACACCUUGCCGCACAUGGAGCACGGGAAGACUUUGGGCGCACGCGAGGUGCCAGAGAAUGUCGGCGCCUUCUGCCCCAUUUUGAGGUGCACUCGUGUGUUGUGCCUCUUUAGGCAGGCGCCGCUCAUAAACCUGCGCAGACACACGCCGCAGCGGAAGGGUUUUUCAUCCGUGUGCACACGCGAGUGCGCGGCGAGCAUCGCUUCCGUGUUAAAUCGCCGGCCGCAGACUUGGCAAGGCAGCGUUCCAUGCUCAACGCAGCCGUCGGGGUGCAGCCGUUUGUGGCGCUCCAGCUGGAACUGGCGGCAGAACUUGCGUCCGCACACCUCGCACAGGUGCGGCCGCUCAUCCGUGUGUGUCAGCAGGUGAGCGGCCAGCUGUGACCGGAACUUGAACUCCUUGCCGCAGAAGUCGCAGAGCAGCGAGCCAACGCUCCGCGUCCUCUCACCGCCGUCCUCGUGCACCGUCUUCUUGUGGUGGUCCAGGUCAAUGGUGCGCAUGUAGGCCUUGGGGCAAAGGUCGCAGUGGUGAGGUUUGAUGCCCAGGUGGAUGACCUCGUGCGUCUUGAGCGCCGACCUGCAGCGAAAGGUCUUCCCGCACGCGUCGCACAGCCACGUCUGCUUAGGCCGCCGCCUCUCCCGCCUGGCGACGCCACCUGGAUGUACGUGGCUGAGGUGAUGGCGCAGGUUGUCGCUGCGAUUGAAGCGCAGGUCGCACAGGUGGCACGCAAACGGCUUCUCGCCCGUGUGGAUGAAAGAAUGACGGAUCAAACUGGACUUGUUCUUCAUCACUUGACCGCACACGUCGCACACGCUGCUCUCGUCCUCCAGCUUCACCACCGCCAACACACCUGGUGGUAUUAGGAGAGAUGGCGUGAAGCUGCAGCGGGAGUUUAAAAUUUCAACACCACUUGACCACUUCUUACCUGCCUCAAGUUGCGUCCGCGUGGCUUCGUCAGCCGCCGCCAGGUCAGAGCAGUCACUAGACAGGGGCUCGGGCAGCGUCAGCAGGUCUUCUCGCCACUUGGGAGGGCGUCGUAUUCUCUGCGGACGGGCGCCGGACGGCUGCGGGGGGGUAGAGGAGGAAACGGGGAGGCAUGGCGUCUGUGUUUUGACGGCGUUUCGAACAGCUUUGACCCUGCGCAACACUGCGCCGCCAUUUUGUUCGGCGGAUUGGCGCGCCGAACACGGAACCGGCAUGGCGGCCGUGCCUGCGAGUGAGGAUGACGUGUGAGAGGAAGUACGCUGACAAAUUUGAGGAUGCAUCUCCCGUGUCACCUUUGUGUCGCCAGCCGAGCGUCUGAGUGAGCAGGUCCACCUGGACAGCAACAUCACGACUGUCGACGUCUCUCUGACAGCCGACCUCGCUGGUCCAGCCCACUUGGGGCUCCCACUGGCAGCCCACCUCCCUCCACCGGGUCGCCUCAUCGCCUCUCAUGGAGAAGAUGCACACAGUCCAGCAGUGCUCACCCUUAAAUGAAGACAUUUUGUACUACUGAGGUAUGAAACAUACAGUAUGUGCCAAUUAGGGCUGGGCGAUAUAUCGAUAUAUCGCGGGUUUGUCUCUGUGCGAUAUAAAAAAUGACCAGCAUUGGGCUGGGGGAUAUUGUCUUUUAUUAAUAUCACGAUAUACGAUAUACCGUAUUUCCUUGAAUUGCCGCAGGGCAUAUAGUAUGUGCCUGCCUUGAAUUACUGCCGGGUCAAACUCGCUUCCCAAAAUAAUUAGCGCAUGCUUAGUAUUACCGUCAAACCCGUGACGUCACGAGUGACACUUCCCCUGUCAUCAUUUUCAAAAUGGAGGAGGCUGAUUUCAAUACCGGUAAUUUUAAAUCGCAUGAAGGGAAGAAGAUUAAGAGCUAUUCAGUAGGAUUUAAGGUCCAAGCUUACAUCACACUCAAAUUUUUACUGCGUACCUUUGGUAAGUGCCGGAGUGAGAAGAGGUUUUAAAAUAAGUAGCGCAGGCUUACUUUUACCGCAUGCCUUUGGUAAGCGCAGGAGUGAGAAGAGGUUUUAAAUUAAUUAGCGCCCCAGCGGCAAUUCAGGGAAAUAAGGUAUAUCUCGAUAUUUUUCCUUAGCCUUGAAUGAACACUUGAUGCAUAUAAUCACAGCAGUAUAAUGAUUCUAUGUGUCUACAUUAAAACAGUCUUCUUCAUACUGCAUUAAUAUAUGCUUCUUUUAAACAGAGGAAAAUCACAACUAAGUCAAUUGACCAAAAGUGUAUUUAUUAAAUACUCUUCAUUCUCUCGCGGGUGACUUUUUAAAUGAAAGAACAAAUUAGUAGUGCUGCUACAUUUUAUAACACUUCUGCUGCAUACUUUGUAUAUUGCUGUUGUGUGCUGAAUAUCUUCCUGCUUGAAGCCAAACCACCGCCAGAUGGACCCCCUGCAGUUUUUUGGGCAUUAAUUGUUCUUCCUCCAUUUGUGAUCAGUUUCGCACCUUCUCUCUCUUGUAAUGUCACUCAACUCGCUAACUUUAGCCAUGCUGCUACCUCUCUGCUCCGCGAGAACGUAUGACGCUAGACGCGUGACAGUAUGUGACGUAUGUAAGAAGGCGGGCUUGUUUUAUGUCUCUGUGAGAAGGAGAGACGAGAAGGAGUGAGAAGAGCCUGUAGUGUAAUGCCCGCAGCUAAAAGCAACUGCAUGAGAACAUACACUCGAAUAUUACGAUAUAGUCAUUUUCUAUAUCGCACAGAGACAAACCCACAGUAUAUCGUUUGUAUCGAUAUAUCGCAGAGCCCUACUAUAUCGUGAUAUUCGAGUAUACGUUCUCACACAGUUGCUUUUAGCUGCGGGCAUUACACUACAGGCUCUUCCCACUCCUUGUGUCUCCUUGGAUAUCAUGUCAGUCGAUUCCUCAUACCGUGGUGGAUUUACUAGACACUUGUGUCAGUAGAUUCUCAUUUCAUAGUCGACUCUCAUGUCACAGAUGUUUCCCGUCUCUUAACUCUCAUGUCAGAAUAAACUCCCCAGACUCUCUGGCGGUGGUUCGGCUUCAAGCGGGAAUAUGUCGAAUAGACAACUUUAAUUCGUCAAAUGUGAGGCACAAACGUUGCUAUAAAAAGUAGCAUUAGGACUGGGCGAUGUGGCCUUUUUUUAAUAUCUCGAUAUUUUAAGGCUAUAUCGCGAUACACAAUACACUUGAUACAUAUAAUCACAGCAGUAUGAUGAUUCUAUGUGUCUACAUUAAAACAUUCGUGUCCAUAAAGCAUUAAUAUAUGCUCAUUUUAAACUCUCAUGCAGAGAAGGAAAUCACAACUAAGUCAAUUGACCAAAACUGUAUUUAUUAAACAGUUAUUAAGCAGUGGCACAAACGUUCAAGUCAUUUCCAAAACAGAAAGUGCAAGAUUGUCAGAGACAUUUUAAGUGUCAAAUAAAAAUGAGCUGCAUUAUAGUAUUCCUCCUUCACUAUGUGUUAGGUUACUACGGACAUUUUUAAAUUCUGUUGUUGACUAAAUGUUUCAUACGGUUUUGAUCUGGAAAUGUUUGCCUCGGCAUUCUGAUGGUGUGGGCGUGUGGCACCAAAUGAAGAUGUUAACAUGCGAAGUUUCAAACACUCAUUCUCUAGCAGGUGACUUUUCAAAUUAUGCUACAUAUUAGCAGUGAUGUUACUUUUUAUAGCAACGCUUCAGCACCACACUUGACAAAUUACGGUUGUCUGUUUGACAUAUUCCCACUUGAAGACAAACCAACCACCAGAUGAUGGACUACCUGCUGUCUUUCUUGGGAAAUAAUUCUUCAAUCAAUCAAUCAAUGUUUACUUAUAUAGCCCUAAUUCACUAGUGUCUCAAAGGGCUGCACAAACCACAACGACAUCCUCGGUAGGCCCACAUAAGGGCAAGGAAAACUCACACUCCUUCAUUUGUUACCAGAUUCGCAACUUCUUUCUCUCGCAUUACCACUUGCAUGGCUCCGCUAGCAUCAAAGCUAACAUUACCCACGUUACUACCUCUCUGCUCCGCGAGGGCUUAUACGUAUAUACGUAAUGUAAUGCCCGCAGCUAAAAGCAACUGCGUGAGAACGUAUACUCGAAUAUCACAAUAUAGUCAUUUUCUAUAUCGCACAGUGACAAACCCGCGAUAUGUCGUGUAUAUCGAUAUAUCGCCCAGCCCUAAGUAGCAUUACUGCUAAUAUGUAGCAUCAUUUGAAAAGUCACCUGAUGGAGAAUGAAGAGUGUUUACUCCGAUUGUCAACAUCUCCAUUCGGUGCCACACACCAUCAAAAUGCCGAGGCAAACAUUUCCAGAUCAAUGCCGUAUGAAAAAAACAGUCAAGAACAAAAGGAGAUAAUGUCCGCAGUAAACUACCACAUAGCAAAGGACAUACACUAUUUGACUUCCUAUUGUGCAGCUCGUUUUUAUUUGACACUUAUUGAAAUAUCUUGUGUGACAUCAUGCACAAAAGUGUACUUUAUUUGUUUUAAACUAUUAAAGUUG